CUCUUUCAUUUGGGCCUCCGAACCGUUGGAAACUUUUCAGAUCACCGUUCUAUCUCCGCAAAACAAUUGCAGAGAGAAACGCAGUGCAGUCGCAGAGGCUGACGAGAGAGCGAAUUCCUCCGCCUUAGCUCGUCUUUACUCUGCCAUGGAUUCACGCCACGCAUCUUUAGGCCGACGAACGUUGGAAGAUAUUCGCCAAAAGAGAGCUGCAGAAAAAUUGAGCAAAACUUCUUCGGGACCCGAUCUCAGCAAAGCCUCAAUCCCUAUCGACCAUGUAGGAAUGAGAAAAUCGGAGAGUGCAAGUCGGCUAUCUGAGAGCGACGUUGGGGUUUUGGUUGCUCAGAUACAAGACUUGGAGAGGAAGAAUGCAGAACUGGAAGAACAAAACAAAAACUUGGCUUCCAUGCUUGAAACAAAGGAAGCUGGGGUUGACGUGCUGCAGAAACGUUUGAACGAUCUGGAGAAAAACACUGUACCGUCUCUCAGAAAAGCUCUCAAGGACGUUGCAAUGGAGAAAGAUGCGGCAGUUGUUGCACGGGAGGAUCUUUCAGCUCAGCUUCGUACGCUCAAGAAACGUCUGAAAGAUGCAGAAGAAGAACAGUAUCGUGCUGAGGAAGAUGCAGCAUCCUUGAGAGCCGAACUGAAUAUGAUACAACAACAAGCAAUGAGUGGUAUACUUAGUGCAGUAACCUCAAUUGCUAAUUCACCAGAUCAGAUACAAACCUUAGAAAAGGAGUUAGCUAGCUUAAAAUUUGAGUUACAGCGAGAGUCGCAAUUGAGGCAGCAAGAGCGACAACAAUUGGCAGAGGAGCAAGCCCGGGCAUCCACCCUUACAUCUGAAAAGCAGGAAUUGGAAGAAAAGCUUGCAGCUAUUUCUAGAAAGGCUUCAGAAGUCUCAGAGAAAGUGGCUGGCAAGGAAUUUUCAUUAGAGGACAAGGAGAAACUUGAGAAGCAGUUGCAUGACAUGGCUGUAGUGAUUGAGAAAUUGGAAAGCAGUAGACAAAAGCUUUUGAUAGAGAUUGAUUCCCAAUCUUCAGAGAUAGAAAGGCUCUUUGAGGAAAAUUCUAAUCUCUCGAGUUCCUAUCAGGAGUCGAUGAGCAUAUCAGUGCACUGGGAGAAUCAGGUGAAAGACUGUCUUAAGCAAAAUGAAGAGCUCCGUGGAACUUUAGAUAAGCUGAGAACAGACCAGGCCAAGGGGACGCCAGAAUCCCACGAAGGCAGGGAUAAUGAGACUGGUUCAGCUGCAUAUACAACUGAAGUUCUCUCCAUCAAGGAUCAACUUGCAAAAGAACAGAGCAGAGCAGAGGCAUUAUCAGCCGAGGUAUUGCAGCUGUCCGCACGACUCCAACAAUCCAGCCAAGCAUACAAUGGGCUUGCACGCCUCUAUAAACCAGUGUUACGAAACAUAGAAAGCAGUCUCAUCAAGUUGAAACAAGAUGGCCCUGUGACUGUGCAGUGAAUGCAUAGGCAAAUCAGCACAACCCCCUUUGUAGAAAAAUUGGUCAAAGAAGCGCAUUUUCAGUUGUAAAGUUUUUAAAACCCAUUUGGGCUCGGCUUUUUUCAUGUAUCAAGAUGUGCACUAGUGAAAAAAGUGGUAUUCUCUGUAUCAAACCCAUUUGUAGCACCGCAUUUCAAAGAAACGAUUUAAAUCCCAAAAAUUUGUGGCCUCGGCGCAAGUAUCUCGAAACCUAAUUUGCCUGAUUCCCUUCGGCAACAUGAAAGGGCGCAUCACGAGAAUGUGCAUCAUAUAGUUCGACAACAACUUGAUCCGUUUGUUUUUCAAGAUCGCUAUAGUAGUAUAAAUCUGUUGCAAUGUGCCACAGGAGAAUGCUUUUAUCAAAAGGUACUUCAACCAAUCUUCAGUUGAAUUUUUCGAUACAAUUUCUCUGUUGCAGCGCAUGAUUCCCUCUCCAAGUCCACACUUCACUAGCAUUGUGUUCUUUUCGAUCAACGACUCCUUGAGCAUCUUUGAGUUGCUCAGAGAUAAGCUGUUUCAUUUUGACGGGGACAUCCUCUAAAGUCGUGUACCACUACUUCUCAGACAUGGUAUUGAUACCAAGGAGCCUUUGAAUUCCAGCACACUUUAGGGGCUUCUCUUUCGGAGAAAAGUUGAUCAGAAUGUACUGCGUCAUGGAUUCCGACCACCUUUUGUCACAGUUCUAAUUUGAUCGAAGCAAAGAGAUAUUGCUCGAUACUAGGAGGAGGAUGGAUGAGCCAGCGACUACUUCUGCUUGCUUAACCAGUAUAGUGUCCAUUCUGUGAAAACUAGUACAAUGUAGCUCAAGGGCAAUAGCUCCAACAGACAAGAAGUGAGAAUCACGUCAAUGGUGAAAUAACGUUGCUUAUCAAUGACGAAACAAAAGACGAAAUGUUUAGGGCGUUGUUAAUUAAUUAGUCUGGUGCUGAAUGAAACAUUUCAUAUUGCCGGAGGGGAUAGGGCAAAUUAGG